AUGGGAAACAGCUCGGUUUAUGCGGUUCACAACAAAGAACAUUCAACUUCAACAAGCCAGUCUCAUCUCGAACAACAAAUUUCAGACCUCAAACUUUCAAUGAAAAGUCUUCAACAGGAUAUCAGCAACAUACAACUUCAGCUACAACAGCAGCUCCUGCUGAUCAACAAUCUCAGCCAACGCAAAUCCAGAGCUGACCAAGGCUACGGCAGAUCGCAGUCCAGGGGCAGGGCUUCAACACCUAACCCUAACGGAUAC